UGAGAUCACUCACAAGCUCUUAAGCUACAGACAUGAAGCGGUUGUUUUGGCUUUCUCUCCUGCUUGCCUACUUGCCUGGGACAGAGAGCCUGGAGAAAACAGAAAGGUGCUUAACACAGCCAAAUUACAUAAUUUGGCACAAAACAGGACAAUCAGCUGUGCUCCCUUGUACCAUCAGAUCAGACUGUUCAGCUGAGGUCAUACGCUUUGAGUGGUUUGUUUUCAAAGAAAGUGAGCAUUUUCGCCUCCACUUGGACAGCAAGUACAGUCUAAAAGGAGCAUCUUUGCACAUAAACUCUCUAAAUGUCAACGACAGUGGGAUUUACUACUGUGCUGCAGUUACACACAGUGCAGGAUCAUGCUGCAAAGAGUCCGUGGGGCUUGGUACUACUCUUGUAGUGAGAGGACGUGUAAGGAUAAUGAUGAAACACAUUCUUAUGUGGUCAUCAUUAGCCCUCUUGAUCACCUAUAGCCUGGUCAUAGCGACUCUUAUUCUAAAGAAGCAUGGCUGUACCAUGAGUGGCUGCAGAAAGACAUCGAACUCUACUAAGAACAGCUUAAGAAAAAAAACCCAGUUCCGUGAUGUGCUGCAAGAACUGCACAGAAGAGGGAACUUGAGGAAAAGCAAGCAAACAAGAGGAAGCCGCUCUCAGGCAGAGGCAGCUGGUGGGGAGUCCAAUAUUUCCACUGAUUGCAUCUACCAAAAUAUCUAAAGUGUCAUUCAAGCGUAUUGAAUAAGGAAUUUCCUUCAUUCUGACUGAGGGGGUGUUUCAACGUUUGGAAACAGCUGACUGAUGACGCUGUGUGACACACAAAAUGAACAAAUCUCCCGAAAAUGGACUUCGGUUACGUGUUUGCUCAACUUUUGUCUUGAGAUGUGAGACAUAAAUGCCACAACUAUGAUGAGUCAAUGUUUCUUUUCUCUCCAAAGCUUCAACCUCUGCACUGCUACAUAGACUGCCUCUGUGUGGUGUUUGAUAUUCUGUUGUUGCAAAGCCGUCCAUCAACAUGUAUUCCUCAAUGAGAUUUCAGGAAUUUCUGCAACGCUGAAUGUCAAUAAUUAGCUUUGUGAUGUAAAAAGGAUAUAUUAAUGCAUUAUUAAUAUUAAUGCAGAUGUUUUUCCUGAUUUUACCUGAGGUGUUUUCUAACAACAGAAAAAGUCCAUUUGAAAUUUUUGACCAACUUCCUUUCAGCAAAUAUGUUAUAUAAACCUAAAUGUACAAAUCCUGCAGACAUGUGUAAAAACAUUUUUAAUCAAAGCCUCAAAAUUUGACCACAAACAGACACUUGAUCAUUACGGAUACAGAAAACCCAAAUAAGAAACAUUACACAAGGCAGGAUCAUCUUUAAAGCAUAAUUUACUUCAGAGAACCUGUCCAAAAUUCUCAUUAAGGCAACCAAACGUCUAAUCUGUUUUUGAGGCAUCCUGGUUUGGCAUAAGUUGUAUCGUUUUGUCUGCUGUUUAAUACAAAUAAUCAAAUUAUGUUUACGUUAGAACCCCAUAAAUGCAUUUCUGACAUGGUUGAGGUGGAAAGACAGAAUUGUUCCUUUUUUGCUCAUAAAAGCUAGGAUUUAAGGUUCAGCCUUUCUGCCAUUCAGCUGUGUCAAACAUCUGAUUUAUUCUCCUUUUUAAAUGCCAGAGUAAACCAUGAAAUAAAAAAGUGUUUCUUUCUUUGAUCAUUUUGAUCCUGUUAUAAACAAGUAUGUGUGAUAUUGUGUAAAAGAGUGAUUUCAGAAGAAGUUCUAAGCUCUAUGAGGUUUCAGUUAUAAGUGAAUUUGUGUCUUCAAAUAUUGCCUGUGUACUGAAAAGGUGAUGGCAUUAACUGUUAUGUUUGAGAAACUUUCGUUUUGUUUUUCUUUUAAUAAAGGCAAGACUCUUUUUUUUUAAGAAAAA